CCUCCCCUCCACAGAAGAGGAUGUGACGGUUGGUAAGUUCUACGCGACCUUCCUGAUUCAGGACUACUUCAGGAAGUUCAGGAAGAGAAAAGAGCAAGGAGAUCUGGAAGAGGGCGACCCAAACAACACCUCUGCUGCUCUACAGCUGUGUCAGGCGGGUCUGCGUACGCUGCAGGACCUGGGGCCGGAGAUGAGAAUGGCCAUGUCAGCUGACCUGGAGGAGGAAGAGGGCAUGGAGGAAGAGCCAGAGGAAGAUGAUUCUCCCUAUAAGACUGAUAAUGGCUAUGCCCCUGAGGGUAAGGACAGGCGUGGCUCCAUGGUCACCACCCUUACUGGAGGAGGAGGUAUGCCCAGGGAGAGUCUCUCCAACGGGGGUCUGGCCCACCGAGGUUCCACCUCCAAGACCCCCAACGGAGGAGGCCCGGAGCAGGAUGAGCUGAGACGAGGAGACAACAUGAGGUCUUCGCUCAACCAUCAUCAUCGUCAUUCUUCCAUUAAGAACGGACUGGUGGACCAACCGGCCAUGAGCAGAAGGAAUUCUAACAAGUAUUCAAGACUUCGUUACCCUGACGACCCUCCUCUGUACCCUGGUCAGCAUGACCACACGUACGACGCCCACGCCCCCAGCAACGCUGCCUACGGUAAUAACUAUGGCAACGGGAACAGGAAUGGCUAUGGAGAUGGACGGAGGACUGCGAGGAGACGCCUCCUCCCCGCCACACCUACCGGUCGUAAGCCAUCCUUUAAUAUCCAAUGUCUGAGGAGGCAGGACAGCAAUGAUGACCUCCCCAUCCCAGGAACCUACCACCAGAACUCUCCCCCCUGCCGGGCACGCACACAGGUCACUACACAGACGUACGGUAGUUACGAGUCUCGUCGCAGCAGCAGCCGAUCCUCAACAGGUUCCUCUGCCUCCUGGGCCAACCCUUGCCCUCGCCGAGGUCGCCUCCUCUACGCCCCUCUCAUCCUGGUCGAAGAGGAAGGGGCGGGGGGCAGCGGCGGCGGCGGCUCCGGGAUUUGGGGGGACAAGACGGGUGGAGGGGCCAACGUGACGGCGGCCACCUCCCGACCUGGCCCUGCGGGGUGGUACACGGGGCCCCCUUGUCCCUCCGGAGGGUCCCAGGCACCAUACAGGGCCUAUACCACACUAAGGGUCCCCACACAGCUCAGCCCUCACUACAGCGACAAGAGAGGCAGCGCUGAUAGCCUGGUGGAAGCGGUGCUGAUCUCAGAGGGGCUGGGUCUGUAUGCCAAGGACCCCAAGUUUGUGGCCUUCGCCAAACGGGAGAUUGCUGACGCGUGUCACAUGACAAUUGACGAGAUGGAGAGUGCGGCCAGCGACCUGCUAAGUCGGGGAAGCAGGGGAGGAGGGGGUGGCGGUUUCCUGAACAAUCCCGACCUUGGAACCCUGUACAGCGACGAGGAGCCAAUCAGAACGGGCCGCGACGAGGAAGACCUGGCGGACGAGAUGACCUGCGUCACUUCCUUCUGAUCUGGACGACGGUCGAUCAAUUAAUCAAUCGAUCGAUCGUGAUUGAUUGAGUUUAUUGUGAUCAGGAGCAGACCAGACUUACUGGGCACAAGAGAGAUAGAGGACAACUGAGGGACAGACGGAUGGAGGACAGAUAUGGAGCUGGACAGACAGACAAGAGGUUGUCUAGUCUAGUGUCCUUAGUCCCUCCAUCUUGACUAUAGACAGAUAUAUAUUAUAGGCCUCUAGGCUUUACAGAUAAUGGGCCAAAGGGACUAGAUGGAGAGACAGAGGAUGGACCAAAGGGACUAGAUGGAGAGGACAGAGGAUGGACAAAGGGA